AUGCUCAACUAUUUGACACCCUUCUUGUACAAGUGGGAAAAGCUGAAAGAAAUUUGGUUAUCUGUAUACUAUAACAGGAAGGUCACCAAGACCCAUGUUAUUGAAUGUGAUUUGGAUUCAGCAGUAGAAGAUAUUGUAUCUUCCCCACAGACUCUGGGUUUACGACUGUCUGGAUCUCUACUUCUUGGCGUGACUCAGAUCUUAUGCAGAAAAGCAAAAUACCUCCUAACAGACUGCAGUCAUGCCCUGGAAAAAUUCAAACUGUCAUUUCGGCCAGAUGCUCCAGAAAAGACAAAAAAAUUGUAUUGUGAAGGAUCUGAGGCCACAGUAAAAGAAAUCUCCUUGAGUAACGACAUAUCUUACUUGCCUCACUCAAGUGACUUCAACGUGGAUAUGAAUGAGGAUGUCUACUCGCAAAACCUAAGUCAUGCAGAGGAAAUUACCAUCAAGGAAUAUUCAAUUGAUAUGACCAUCAGUCAGUUGGAUAUGAACUUUCAAACUCUGGGUCACCCAGAAGACUUGUUCGGGGAUGAGGACAUCGGAGUAGAUUUAUGUCUUGACUUCCUGACAUCCUGCGGCACUCAUCCUGACUUUACUGAGUUCAUCCCAGAUGAUAAUGAGACACCUAACAAAUAUUCCUUCAACCAAAAGCAUGAUGUAAUUAGAAGAGAUCCUGCUGAGGAAGAAGAGUCCCUGAAUCAGCCAUCUUACAAGCAGACAUCCUUUGUCCUUCCGCCUUUAACUGACGCUUGUAGUACAAAUAAGAAAAGACAGAGGAAGUGCAACUUGAUCGUGGACCAAAUGACAUUUCUGAGUGACAAAGUCAUGCAAAUGCAGCUUAGCGACGACUCUGAUCUGAUUGACAUCCCGAUCAUGGCUCCCCCCACUCAGCAGCUCAUGUACUGGGAAGAAAGCGGAACUGCAGUCAAACUGCUCACGCAGCCAUGCUCCGAUGUUAUAGGUUCAGAGAUUAAGGAGGCUUUUCCAAAGGACGUUAUCCAGGUGACAUUUGAGGAGGAAGAGGUCAUGCGGCAAGAUGACCAUGAAGCUCUGUACCCCGUGUCCGCUCUCAGUAACACGAGCCCACUCAGCACAGAAAGCUUCAAUGAUUCCUCCACAGAGCACAAGCUCACAGAGGUUAAUUAUUCCAGCGACCACCUGAAUGACUUGGAGCUCAUGCAAGAUGAACACAUAUUGGACACAAGUCAACCAGUGCUUUCACCAGAGUACCCGAUGUUUGUCCAUCAGUCUCACAUUGAGCAGCACAGUCAGUCUUUGCUGGGCUGCCAAAACUCUGGGGAGAGUCAGACGGUGUACCGACAGGCACACAUGCUUCUGAAAUCCCUACAAUGUUCUGAGGGCACUUCGUUCUGCCUGCGGGACCUUUGCUCAGGACACACCCGCCUGCAGGUGGCUAGAACAUUCCAGUGUUGCCUUAUGCUUCAUAAGGAAGGGGUUGUGAAUCUGCACCAGAGUGCUCCAUGCCACGACAUCUUUCUCACCCUGGUUCUGCAUUCUUCAUGUUAAAACACUAAAUACAGUUUAAGAAGUUGUCAGUGGGUUCUUCAACAGGUUGCAGUCUUGGUUUUGGAGAAUGUGGUUGUGUGUUAAAUAAUAAUACAAUUGCAAGAGAAAAAUAUUUAUUUGUAUUCAUUCUAGAGCAACUCGUAAUUGAAGUGAAACCCAAUUUUAGUUGAACUAAAAACAGAGCACUUUCUUAUGAGUGAAACGAACAACAGUUCUGUUGUUGGACAGUUGACAUUUUUGCUUGAAAAUGUUGACGCUGUUGCUGUUUUAAAAGCUAGCAGUGUGUGUCAAACUGUAAGUCACAAUUUGUCAUUAAAUUAUU